ACGGGUAGGAAAGACAAAAACAACACCACAUUUAAAUAGAAUGAGAGCGUUGGCUCGCUACAUUCCGUAUACAGCCAUGGAUUUCAGCAGCUCAGCUUUUUCGUUUUGGGCAAAAUCGAUCAUUGUGUUAUCUGUAUUGUUGGCUGCUAAUGCAUCUAGUGAGAACGCUAAAACAGUGGAGUUCAACGUUAAGCCAGGAGGUGUGGUGCAUUCAUUUUCUGAGAAAAUUAAAGAGUAUGAAUGCACAUUCACUUAUGCUUCUCAAGGAGGAACCAAUGAGCAAUGGCUGAUGAGUGUGGGUUUGAGUGAUGAUGACAGACUCUUCUCUUGCUCAGUAUGGAGGCCCCAAGGGAAAUCCUACUUGUUUUUCACACAGUUCAAAGCUGAGAUUAAAGGAGCGAAGAUUGAAUACGCCAGUGCAUAUUCCCAGGCGGCUGGAGGAGGUUUAAAGGAUGUGGCCCUGAAGGAAGAAGAGUUCAUAAUUGGUGACUCCACAGUGACUCACAAAGAUGGAAAAUUCCGGGCUGAACUCUCCAAACUGACCGUCAUUGGUAGGACACGUCAUGACGAGCUCUGAUUGGUUGAACUCUGAGACGCUUACCCUUACAAAAGGGGGAAUAAGUGGAUGGAUGUUGCUCUAGUCCUGGAAGCUCUGUUACUGAACUGUUCCCUGACAUCACUGAGCAGCAGAGAUUUAGUCAGAAGAAGAGAUGAAAUAUGUUCUUUUUUCCUCCUGUUGUUCGAUUCCUCCACUUUCAAAAACAAGCAUUAUUGUCAUCUGCCUGUGCCUGAAGGGGAUUACAACAAAACAAAACAAGAGGUUCUACUUUUCUACCACACUUUGACAUAGAAAUAUAUUUUCAGUUUCUGUUUUCAUGAUCUGGUAAUAGUGUAAACAGAUUUGAAUAAAUAAGUUGAUCAUGGAUUGUGGGAUCAUCACCCUCUUUUUAAUCAACAGAAGGCUGUGGUCAAAAUGUUCAUGUUGGUACUUACCAAACUACAACGUGCAUUUUUGACCGAAGAUCUGUCUGAUUUUGCCAACAAUGUUUUUAUUUUUUAACCAUACUUAAACACAACUUUUAAGAAACCAUAAAUAUAUUUAAGCAAAACUGAAUUUUUCAGCAAAAAUUUUUUUUGUUUACUUUUUAAUCUUGCCUAGGCUAUCCUAUUGUAAAGAUCAUGUUGUAUAAGGAGCCCGUGUAAUAAAUGUGGUGGUAAAUACA